CACCUUUUGUACAGCAGCCGCAAUCGCAGCAUUUUCAGCAUCCUUUCUACAUCUUCGGUCGUUCCCCUGCUCAGCAACAACAUCAGUAGCAACAGCAACAACAGCAAUUCCAGCAACAGCAACAGCAACAGCAACAACAGCAACAGCAGCAACAGCAACAACAGCAACAGCAACAACAGCAACAAUAGCAACAGCCGAGUAUUAUUUUUCAGCCUCCAAAUUUACUUAACAGCACACAGAUUAAAACCACUAUACCAUUGAUCGGAGUCGACUUCUUCUCCUGGA